AUUACUCGUGUUCGUGAGGCUUAUUUCUUGCAUCUCGUACUACAUAAUCAUUUCAAGAGAAAUUUAAUCAAACAUCUAUUAAAUGAAUAUUGCUCUAAUUGAAAUUGUUGAAAAAUUACUUUCAAAUCGGUUGAUUUCAUUUCGGCAGAUUUAAGUGUUAUUGAACAGUACCUACCUAAUGCUUUUUAAAAGAGCUGUUUCAUUCGCAUGAUCAUAUAAGUUACGAAAUCUUCGAAAAACAUUUCAGUAGAGUUCAUUUUUGGCAAGUGUGAUUCGUUUGAUUCAAUUUUUUCAUCGCAGAAUUUCGUCCAGUUUCUCAAUGAAGACUCACAACAUGUCAACUGUCCAUCUUCAUUGCACAGAAUAAUCAUCAGAAUGUAAUCAGACAUCUAAUCAAUUAAAAAACAGUUCAAGAACCUCGAAGCUCUUUCAUCGUGACCCAUCCUACCCAUUUUUUCAUCAUGAUUACGAUUCCCUUCAUGUUUAUCACGAUGCUCAUCGCGCAUUUGGAUCACAUCAACGCUUACGACGAACUGAAACUACAUUCUUCAAUAUUCGUAGACAAAACGAGAUUUCUGGAGCAAUUCUUCUCACCAACCAAAAGCCACCGGUGUAUUUUCCUAACUUCUCCUUCUGGUUUUGGUAAGAGCACCAUCGUAUCAAUGAUCGAUCUGUUCAGUGGAGUAGAACACGAUGAAAGUAACAAACUCACAUCAGCGUUCAACACCGAAGCUUUCAAAACAUUCAACAACACUUACAUCGUCACCUCGAAUACCAAUCUAAUGGCAGAACAUUUCGUUAAAUAUAUGAUCGUUAAGCUCAAAGUCGAGUUUCGGCCAGAAAGCUCACCCAUCCGGAAUUCGGUUCACGAUGCUUUACAAAAAAUACUAACCACAUCGAUCGAACGAUACGAACAUCUUCUGCAAACCAUUAAUACAAACGACAAAGACAGAGAAUUCUUCGAACAAUUAUCCCAGAAUAGAAUACCCAUCUCCGAGUUACCUUUCAUACUUCGUGAUUUGAUAAAAAUACUGAACAAAUACUUCCAUCAUCGAGUAAUCUUACUAAUCGACGAUUACGAUACACCAGCGUACGGAAUCACUCACCGAACUUCGAACCCUGAAAUCGAAUCAUUCUACAAAAUAUUCAACACGAUGAUCAACCACGGUGUAAAACUAGGCUCUAAAUACGUACACAAAGCUCUAAUCACGAGCACCAACAGCCUACCAUUUUACUGGAGCGGAGAUACCGGACGAGAACUCGAUGAUUUCCACCAUUACGAAUUCCUAAAGGAACACAUCUUCACCGAAUUCAUCGGAUUCGACGAAACCGAGAUUCAAUCCAUCGCUGAAAAUCAUCAACUAUCACUCGAUCAAAAACACCAAUUGGCGAAACUCUGCAACGGAUAUCAAACUUAUUAUGAAAAAAGUACCCAAAUCUAUAAGCCAAAAUGCGUCGAGAAUUACAUCCACACUAAACUAUCGGUUAAACCUAGCAACGAUCUGGACGAUAUUGAUUUCAGAUCGAUAUUCAGAGACAUGGAAUUCCUCAAAGUGUACUUGAAAGAUUGCGACUUCGAAAUCCAACUCUUACUCCUCAGUUACAACAAGACAAUCAGUCGUUCACCUUGGAGUACCUUUAGUCCUGCAGGAAUUUCAUUAAACCAAUUCAAACAGUUGCAAGACGAACUCCAGCAGUCGAAUUCGAAUAAAUCCGCGACCAUUAUUAAUAAAUUAAUGUGGACUUAUUUAGAAGAUUACGGUUUCGUUACUCCUUCCCCUAUCAAAUCCGAACUCUAUUACAAAGCUCCCAAUCUAGAGGUUCUUCAAGCCUUCAGAGAAUUCGUACUCAGAUAUCACGACGAUUCCAAGUUACCUUUAAACGAAAUUGCUCGAAGUUUACAAGCACUCGGUACAAGUCAUAAUAAUCCAGGCAGCGAAAAACUCGAUGAAGCUGUUCGAGAUUUAGAAAAGCUGUUGACCGAAUGCCACCGAAAUGUGAGCCGUUUUCAUCAUACCAAAGUUCAACGCGAGUUGAUACUCGAAGCUAUCAUAUUCGCUUCGUCUUUACGAACAUCUUGGCGAUAUUAUUCCAAGACUGAGGUGAAUUACGAACCGCUGGGUAUUUGCGAUAUGUAUUUUUACAGUAAAAAUGAAAAUGUCGCCGCUAUAGUCGAUAUCGAGUAUGGUCGCUUAGUAGGAAAUCCUGUUUUGCCGAAUAUGGUCAAAACUGAGUUUCCUCAUAGGAACUGCACUUUCUUAACCGUUCUCUCACUUAGUGUGACUGCGAAGCAGCAAGUGACGAUAAGGCAUGUUUUAGAAGAAAGGCAUUCGACCGAGGAUCACGACCAGGAACGGCCGUUGAUGGAGAAAUAAGCACGUCGUUGAGAAGUGGAUCAGUAUUUUACGAUGUUAUGGCGAGAAGAACCAACCUAUUAUCUAAAUAAAUGUGAUACGAUAACAAAAUGAAGAAUAUUUACAGAUGAUUACAAAACAUAGACCUCGUACUUGGUUUUUCUCUAGAAAAAAAAGUAAAACUUUAGUCACCGAAAAAUGCUUGAAAAA